GGCGCAGAGAGCCGACACAUUCCUUCGAAAUGUCUCUCCAAGAGAAGCUCGACAAGAUUCGAUCGCCGAAGCUACAGAAUCAACAUCAAACGGGAAUUGUACUCUCUGCAGUGGAGGAUACACUACGAGACCAGAAGACCGAAGCCUCUCCCAAUGGUUAUUUCGCAGCACUCCUCGCCUUACUUCGACAGGCUGUUUCUACUACUGGUGUGAAUAAGGAUUUGGCAACUUCAGUUGUCUAUUUGCUUGAUGUCGUUGCGCCAUAUGCCCCGCAACCGCUUCUCCAAUCGAAGUUUUCGGAAAUCCUUACCAGUCUGGCCCCCGCCUUGACAUUCGCUGAAGCAGAUGCACCAUUGCUUCGACCCUCGAUAGGAUGUCUCGAAACUCUACUGGUGGCUCAGAAUUCGAAAGCAUGGGAACUGUCGCAAACGCAAAUAAGCCCGCGUCGUGCUGUAGCUGGUCUUUUGGCUCUGGCAGUUGACCACCGACCGAAGAUUAGGAAGCGGGCCCAGGAGGCUUUAGCAAAAGUCCUGAAGAAUCCCCCACCAAGUUUAUCGUUGGACCAUCCCGCGGCAGAUAUGUGUGCGGAGACUGCAUUGAAAAGUCUAGUUGAUCUUGCUACACGGUCAAGCCAGGCCAAGAAGCAAAAGAAAGGCGGGGCGACGGAGCAUGAGCCGGCAUUGAUCCACGCAUUACAACUUGUUAAGACUGUUGCUUCUGCUUCAGGAGGAUGGCCGGCCAAGAAAAUCGAGGCCCUAUGCGAGAUUCUUCUGAAUAUCUCGAGGUCGAGCAAUGAGUAUAUGACCAUGGCCUCAUUCGAAGUAUUUGAGAUUAUAUUCGAGGGAAUGGCAGCAGAUGAAGCAUCAUCCUCAAAGCUCCCACGACUGCUUGAGGUGAUUUCGGAACUCAGACCUUCACAGAACGAUUCCCAGCUUCUACCACCAUGGAUUGCUGUAUUAUCGCGAGGAUACGACGUGUCGGCUCAGAUUGAACCAGAGGAGACGUUUUCAAAGCUUCCAGAUCUCUUCAACCUCGUGUCCGCAUUCUUGGCGUCGUCAUCACACAAUAUACGAAUUUCUGCUUCCGAAUGUUUAAUAUCCUUCAUGGCAAACUGUGUUCCAAACUCCGUUCUGAUGGAACCCUCGAUAUAUGACGAGAAGAUCUUGGAAAAGCUAGCAAAAGCUGCAGUAGACCUGCUGAGUGUCAAAUAUCAAGCGGCAUGGAUUGAGACCUUCAACGUGAUGGGUGCCAUGUUUGAUGGACUACGAUGGAUGGCCGAUCCUAUUUUAGCUGAUGUCGUAAAGACCAUUGGUGAGCUUCGUGGGAACGAUUCGUUCGCUGGCAAGAAAGAGGCCGAUGAAACCAUUGGCAAAGCCAUCCGAGCCAUGGGACCUCAAAGUGUUCUCAAAAUAUUACCUUUGAACCUGGCCAAACCAAAACCCGGACAACCUGGCCGUGCUUGGAUGCUCCCAAUUAUGCGUGACUAUGUUAGCAACACAAAUCUCGCACAUUUCAGGUCCGAAUUCGUUCCACUGAGCGAGAUUAUGUUUCAAAGAGUGAUCGACUAUGGGGGAGCUGAGAAGACCAUGGAGAUCAAGAUCUUUGAGACUCUCGUUCAGCAGAUUUGGGCAUUAUUACCAGGUUACUGUGACUUGCCGCUCGACUUGACUGACUCAUUUGAUCAGUCUUUUGCUGAGCUGGUAGCGAACUUACUUUACAAACAAACCGAGUUACGUCCUGAUGUCUGUAGAGCUCUGCAGACAUUGGUAGACUCGAACAAAGUCAUAGCUACUAUCGAGGCAGAGGAUGAAGACCUGAUGCUGCAAAGUCGAGUUUCCAAAGCUACAGCUCAGAGAAAUCUGGACCACCUCUCGACCUUCGCCAGCAAUAUGCUCGCGGUCCUGUUCAACGUCUACAGCCAGACGUUGCCACAAUACCGCUCGUAUAUACUGCAAUGCAUAAACGCAUACCUGAGCAUCGCGCCGAUUAAAGAUAUCAUGGAGACCUUCGAACGAGUAAGCACAAUGCUUGCCUCAGCGAUCACGGAAACAGUAGCACAACCCCCCGCGGAGAAGCAAAAGCAAAAAGAGCACAAGGCAGUGGAUAAGAUGCCACCCACCAGCCAUACUCUGAUGGACUUGGUUAUCACAAUUGCCAUCUACCUUCCUCGAGAGAGUUUUGCUACUCUCUUCAACAUCGCUUCUAUCAUUAUCGUCAAGAACGAUGACCCACAGCUUCAAAAGAAAGCUUAUAAACUCAUCCCAAGGCUUGUUGAGUCGGAAGUAGGCAAACAAGCUUUGAGAGAGCGAAGCGCAGAACUUCAACAACUACUCCUCAGCAGUGCAGAAAAGGUCUCUGCUCCAGCUAAGCGGGAUCGUCUGUCUUCCAUUUCCACCCUCAUUCCUUUUCUUCCCAGCGACUCUUUACACUUCAUCCCCAGCAUUCUUUCAGAAGUUGUCAUCUCCUGUAAAGAAGUGAACGAGCGCGCACGAACCGCAGCUUUUGAUCUUCUCGUUCUCAUGGGUGAAAAAAUCGCUUCAUCGGAUGGGGCGAUGAUCGAGAACAGCAAGGUUGCCCACAUGGCAGAAGAUGCACCAGCAGUUCCUGCGACACUCGAAGAAUAUUUCACAAUGGUUAGCGCGGGUUUAGCAGGCAAUUCACCACACAUGCAAUCUGCUUGUAUCACAGCAUUAACUCGAAUACUGUACCACUUUCGCGAAUCACUCCAAGUCGAGACAAUUACAGAGUUGGUCGAGACCAUGGAUCUGUUCCUCACUUCCAACAACCGCGAAAUUGUCCGCAGCGUCCUGGGAUUUGUAAAAGUCUCCGUCAUUAGUUUGCCUUCGAAUGUUAUGCUUCCACGGCUGAAAACUCUAGUGCCAAACUUGAUGGUCUGGAGUCAUGAGCACAAAGCUCAUUUCAAGGCCAAAGUCAAGCAUAUCCUAGAACGCAUGAUCCGACGAUAUGGCGUGGAUGUUGUGAACAAGAACUGCCCAGAAGAAGAUCGCAAACUCAUCGCUAAUAUCAGAAAGACCAGGGAGAGGAACAAGAGGCACAAAGAUGCUGCAAAAGCAGCAGGUGCCGAAGGAGAUGAUGAUGAAGGCGAGACCAAGCGAAAGAGCCGCUUUGAGAGCGAGUACGACGAUGUCAUCAAUGCCAGUGAAGAAUCGGACGGCUCUGAUGUUUCAGACAACGAAGUCCUUGGCAAGAGCAAACGAGGUGCGAAGAAGGGUGGCAAGACCUACAUCGUUGAAGAUGAGGAGGAGCCUCUGGAUCUACUUGAUCGUAGGGCGUUGGCCAACAUUUCAUCGACGAAACCUCUCAAGCAAAAGACACAUGUGAGAACAAAAGCGAAGAUGGAUCUUGAUGGAAAACUGUUACUUGGUGGUGACAGCGAUGAUGACGACGAUGCGAUGAUCAUUGAUACCCCGGCAGAGAAGAAGGGAGAUGAAGGAGGCGUUGAUGCAUAUGUCAGUGCCAUCAAGGGCCGUGACGCCGUACAAAGAGGCAGAGGAGGUAAGUUGAAGUUCUCCAAUAAGAGGAGCAAAGACGAAGACGACGAGAUGGAUGUCGAUGAAGAUGAUAUGAAAGCUGUCAAGAAGCAAAUUGGAGGCAACUCGAGAGACAGCUUCCGAGGCAGAGGUAGAGGAGGAAGAGGAGGCCGCGGUGGGAGAGGCGGGAUUGCAAAUGGAAGAAGGGGCUUAGGCGAGGAGAAGCGACACAGCAGCGGUGGAUACAGGGGCGGAGGUAGAGUCAUGAAAUCCCCACGCGGGAAAGGUGUACGGAGGUAAAAUCAAGGUACGAAUAGCAUGAAUGGAGUCUGGACUGAUCUUUAAUUGUUCUGGGAAAGGACUGACAUUAGCUCGUCACAUGAUGUCGGGCUAGUUGGUGAUGACUUCACCUGUCAACAGGUCUUCAUAAGGUACUACCACAACAUCAACCAAUGCUUCU